AUGAAGAAAUGGGCUUUAGAGUGGAAGUUUGAGUACAAGACUGUCUCUUCUAACAAGUCAAGAGUGCUUUUGAGUUGUGUUGAUGAAAAUUGCACGUGGAGGAUGCGUGCUAUCAAGCUACCUGUUUCAGAUUUUUUCGUUGUUAAAAAGUAUGUUCAUGAGCAUACAUGCGAUACAACACACAGGAAAGCCAACCACAGACAAGCAUCUGCAAAGUUGUUGGGUUCUUUGAUUUCCAGCAAUUAUGGAGAAAAAAAGGAAGGUCUCAAACCGAAACAGAUCAUUGAACAGGUCAGGAUGCUGCAUGGUGUUCACAUCAAUUACAAACAAGCUUGGAGAGUGAGAGAAGAAGCUCAGAUUUUGGUUAGAGGGACUCCUGAAGACAGCUAUUACAAUUUGUCUAGGUGGUUGUAUAAAAUCACAGAAACAAACCCUGGUUCCUUGACUUAUCAACAUGUUGAUGCUGCAGGAAAGUUCAAGUAUGCAUUUGUGGCUUUUGGUCCAUCGAUAAGGGGAUUCUCAUUGAUGAGGAGAGUUAUUGCAGUAGAUGGUACAUUUCUGAAGGGAAAAUUCAAUGGGACUUUAUUGGCAGCUUGUGCUCAAGAUGGGAAUUAUCAUCUAUAUCCUCUCGCCUUUGCAGUGGUUGACGCAGAAAACGGCGCCUCUUGGAAAUGGUUCUUUAGAGGUUUGAGCCAGAAGAUCCCGGACGCUUCGGAUCUUGUUUUUGUAUCAGACAGGGCUAACUCCAUUUCUUCAGCGUUGGAGGAUGUAUAUCCCUUAUCUCACCAUGGAAUUUGCAGGAUCCAUCUGCUCCGCAACAUCACUCCUACAUAUGCGAAGACUGGGUUGCUACCUCUGGUGGAAAGCGCUGCUGAUGCCUAUACGUGUCACGAGUUCUGGUUAAUCUUCAAGGACAUAAAGGAUAAAUGUCCUGAAUUGGCUAAGUAUCUGGAAGAGUCUGAUUUUAGGAAGUGGGCACGAAGCUAUGCGCCUGCGAACAGGUAUAAUAUCAUGACUACCAACAUUGCAGAGUCUCUCAAUUCUAUGUUGAAGAUGCCUCGUGAGUUGCCCAUUAUCUCUCUCCUUGAAACUAUCAGAUUGACGAUGACCACUUGGUUUUUUGAGCGACGCGAAGCGGCUGCGAAACAUAAGCACCUGGUUACUCCAAAAGUUGUGCAGAAAUUGGUAUCUAGGUUAGGGGCCGCAAUGUUGUUGAAUGUGUAUCAAGUUGAUCGAAGCGAGUUUGAGGUGAAGAUGAAACAAUGA